AUGGCAUCCGACAUUUUGGUGUUCGGUGGCAGGUCAGCGGUGGCCGGCAGUAAGGAGCCCCCUAUUAGGACGGGCGUAAUGCGGGCCCAUGAUCUUCGCGCCGAAUCCAGCUCGAGAGAUAACGUCCCGGGCACGGGUCAAUGCCAGGCAGUCCUGGCGGGGUUCCUUGGUGCCGUAGUGAAUGACCCCAAGGAUCAAAACACGCGGAGUGGCCGCACAAUACGACUUGCGGCUCCGAUGCGCAGUAAUGUAACCAUCUCCGUAUCUCGAGUGACAGGUGUU